GAAGUUGAAAUCUGCAGAGACCAGUCUGUGAAAUCCGUCAAACCGAAACCUCUCGCGGCCAGUCGCUUUACUCCGCGGUUUUAAUAGAGAUAACUUCUUUUCAAUUAGCUAUGUGACAGACGUGUGGAUGGAUGUCUCAGGAUGUUUCCCCCAAGGCUCAUUUCUCAAAUCUUCAAUCGGUGAUGAUGUCAUCCUCCAAUAAUACGGCUGAUUUCAGAGAAAUGUCGUCCUACUGGAAUGUAACCACAGAUCCAGAUGACAGAGCUGGCAUUAUGGAGGAGCAGGCUGGCGUUUCAGAGAUGGGAGCCAAGCAGUCGGCGGUUGGCAGAGUUCCCUUGAGUCAUUCGCCCACACUGAAGAACAUCCAAGAGGCCUAUACGGAUGGCGAGGACCAGAGGGCACGCCAGCUAAUCCGCCUGUCCUGCGAAAAUAGCGGAGGAGUGGCACCAGAUGGGCUGGAGCUCUUGUGUUUGGCGGCUCAGAAUGGAGACCUCGACACCGUUCGGUUUCUGCUGCAAGAAGCAAGAGUUUCAGUUCCACAGGAGCCCAGUGAAGAAAACCCAGCCGUUCUAGCAGCACAUCAUGGACAUCAAACGGUGGUCAGAGAGCUGCUGGACUCUAUACCUCGUCCUUGUGUGCGUAAGGAUCUGCUGAACUGGAUGUUGGCUACGGCGUCUCAGCAGGGUCAUUUAGAGGUGGUGAAGCUGCUGGUUCAGACGUAUAAUGCAGACGCAGACGGCUGUGCUGUACAUUCAGGAGAGUUUGCCAUCAUCACCGGUUUGCCUCUGUAUGCUGCGGCACAGGGAGGGAAUAAGGAGAUUGCGUGUUUUCUGUUGGACAAUGGAGCCGGUUUCUCCUCAUACACACUGAUGGAUCACGCAGACUUCAGUCGACAGCUUCUCAGAGAGAGACACCUGCAGGACAGAGACACACCUGCGGACGCCAGACUGCAGCAGGCUGUGCAUGUUGACUGGUCUGGACUGAAGCUGUCCUGGUUGGAUCUGGACUGGUUUAUGGACGUGUCGUCUCGGAUCACCGUUCUGGAUCUCUCUCGUAACUGUCUGAGUUCAUUGCCGUCUGUGGUGCCAUGGGGUUUGAUUAAUCUGCGCUCACUCGAUCUGUCCCAGAACCAGCUGAAAGAGCUUCCCACGCCAGCAUCCUCACAGCAGAUCAUCUGCAGCAGAUUGCAGCAUGUGAAUGUGUCUGAGAAUGAGCUGGAGUGUCUUCCUCUCGGUCUUCUUCAUCUCAGGGAGUUGCAGAGGAUUUCAGCAGCCAGAAACAAACUCAGCUCCCUCUUCAACAUCCCCGAUGGCACGAACUGGAUCGGUCUGCGCAAACUACAGGAUCUGGACGUGUCUGAAAACAGCCUGACGGAUCUGCCCUCCUCCAUCCUGCACUGCCUGAAGACACUGAACUCCAUCAACAUCAGCAGAAACAAACUGAGCCGCUUCCCCGACCCCUGGGCCUGUCCUCUGAAAAUCUGCAAAGCUUCAAACAACCAGAUCGAUGUUCUUCCGGACACCAUCUCCAUCUUCUGGAGGACUCACCUGCGGGAGGUGGACAUAUCUGAGAACGUCCUGAAGGAGCUACCUGCAUAUAUAUUCGAGCUGGAGGCUCUCGUAUCUCUAAAACUGUGUGGAAACCAGAUCUCCACUCUUCCUGCUCCAAACAAAUGGAAAUGCUCUUGUCUGCGAACACUAGACCUGUCCAGAAACCAGCUGGGGAACUUCCACCGAAUUCCCAGUCCAUCCAUCCUGUUGUUCUUCAGGGUAGAUUCAGUCUCCUUUAAUGUGUGGGACAUCGGUGGUCCGGCCAGCAUGUCGACGGUCAACCAAUGUUUUUUCACUGAUAAAGCUCUGUAUAUGGUGAUCUGGAAUCUGGCUUUAGGAGAAGAAGCCGUGGCAAACCUGCAAUCCUGGCUGCUCAACAUUGAGGCUCGCGCUCCUAACUCUGCAGUGAUCGUGGUGGGCACUCAUCUGGACCUCAUCGACACUAAGUUCCGCACUGAGCGAGUAGCCACACUGAGGGCCUACAUUCUGGCCCUGUGUAGGACGCCAUCGGGCGCCAGAUGCAGCGGAUACCCCGACAUCACCUGGAAACACCUUCACGAGGUGUCCUGUAAGACUCUAGAAGGCCUGGAUGGACUCAGGAGACUGCUAUUUCAGGUGUCCUGCUCCAUGAAGGACAUCAGCAACCCUGCUAGCUGCCAUAAACUAGUAGGAAGACUGAUUCCCAAAAGUUACCUGAUCCUGCAGGAGGCCAUAAAGGCUGAGCGAGUGAGGAGAGACGAGGCUGAUGAGGUUCAGUAUCUGACUGACUCUGAACUGGAGCAGAUCAUUGAGCAGAGUCCUGCCAGCGAUAUCAAAGACUAUGAGGAUCUGCAGACGGCGAUCAGCUUCCUGAUGGAAACGGGCAGCGUCCUGCACUUCUCGGACACCAGUCACGGCCUGUGUAAGCUGUAUUUUCUGGACGCCGUGUGGCUCUCAGAGUGUCUGGAGCGCAUCAUUAACCUGCGCGGCUCUCGCUCUGUGGCCCGAAAUGGUGUGAUCAAGGCUGAGGACCUGCGUAUGCUGCUGGUGGGCACCGGCUUCACCCCGCAGACCGAGGAGCAGUACUUCCAGUUCCUGGCCAAAUUCGAGAUCGCCCUGCCUGUCGCCAGCAGCAGUUAUCUGCUGCCACACCUUUUACCUCCCAAACCUGCGCUGGACAUCCACGGCUUCCGGCAGCAGAGCAACAACAGCAUCCAGCGGCAUUUCAAGAUGAGCUUCGUUCCUGCAGGAUUCUGGGAGCGCUUUAUAGCCCGGAUGCUCAUCAGUUUAAACCAGAUGGACCUGCAGGCGUUUGAGACUAAGAAGAACACCAAGAACCACAGGAACCGCAGUACGGUGAUCUACAGUUUUGCAGGGAACCAGCAGCGCAAUCGGUGCAGCACUUUUCGCGUGCGCCGCAGUCAAACCAUCUACUGGAAAGAAGGAUUGCUGGUUACUUUUGACGGUGGAUAUCUCAGCGUGGAGUCGUCUGACCUGAACUGGAAGAAGAAGAAGAGCGGAGGCAUCAAGAUCAUCUGCCAAUCGGAGACCAGGGAUUUCUCUGCCAUGGCUUUCAUCACAGAUCAUGUUAAUGCUCUUAUAGAGCAGUGGUUUCCUGCGCUGACGGGCAGUGAAAGCGACGGGUCUCGUCUGAUUGAACAGUUCGCUCCCUGUCCGUUCUGCAGCUCGGUGUCCAGACUGCCUGACCCACUGCCUCAGUCCAGCCUCAGCCAAUCCGUCAUCCACUACUUCAACAUGGAGGACUGCGUUCUGGCGGCAGUGGACAAAGAGCACAUCACCUGCCCAAACCAUCCCAAACAACCCGUCCCACUGCAGGAGCUGGUGCCCGAGCUCUUCAUGACAGACUUCCCCUCACGGUUGUUUCUGCUGAAGAGUGACCUUGACUGGACUGAAGAUGAAGCUGAUAUCCUUGGUCAGGGAGGCAGUGGCACCAUCAUCUACAGAGCUAAAUACAGAGGCCAUCCGGUGGCCAUUAAACGCUUCCACUUCAAGAAAUGCAAGCAGCAAUCACUCAACAGUAGCACAGACACCAUGAUCAAGCAUCUGCAGUCCAUGGACGCCUCCAGGAGCUUCUCGGAGUUUCGUCAGGAGUCCAGCAUGCUCCACUCUCUGCAGCACCCCUGCAUUGUGGCUCUGGUGGGCAUCAGCAUCCACCCGCUCUGCUUCGCCCUGCAGCUGGCACCGCUGGGCAGCCUCAACACUGUACUGGAGGAGAGAGCCAAAGGUUCUCAGUUUGUGCCGCUGGGCCACAUGCUCACCUUUAAAGUGGCGUAUCAGAUCGCAACAGGCCUGGCGUAUCUGCACCGCAAGAACAUCAUUUUCUGUGACCUGAAGUCCGACAACAUCCUGGUGUGGUCUCUGGACCUGCAGGACUCCGUCAACAUCAAACUGUCUGACUACGGAAUCUCACGCCAGUCCUUUCAUGAGGGUGCGCUGGGGGUCGAGGGCACGCCAGGGUACCAGGCUCCAGAGAUCCGACCCGGCAUUGUCUAUGAUGAGAAGGUGGAUAUGUUCUCAUAUGGGAUGGUUCUGUAUGAGCUGUUGUCCGGCCGCAGACCAUGUAUGGGUCAACACCAGCUGCAGAUCGCUAAGAAACUCUCUAAAGGAGUCCGGCCCAUGCUGGGAGCCCCAGAGGAGGUGCAGUUUCACUGUCUGCAGGCGCUGAUGCUGGAGUGCUGGGAUACCAAACCAGAGAAGCGUCCUCUUGCUGCUCCUCUGAUGCGGCAGAUGCAGGAGCCCAGUUUCGCGUGUCUGCGGUACCUGCUGUCCUGUCAGGAUCACAGCCAGCUCUUCCUGUCCUCCCUGCAGGGCCACAGUGCCAUCUUCUGGGAUGGAGACCAAGACCUACGGAACUACACGGUGGUGAACUUGGCCAAGGGGCAGGUGGAGGUGAAGCGGAUGCCAUGUCCAGGAACCCGUCUGAGCUGCCAAAUGAAGAUGGAGAACACGCUCUGGACGGCCACUGAGGAACAGGAGGUGUUGAUCUACAGUCUGAAAGAGAUGUGUCCUCUCAAUCAGCCACAGAAACUGCUCUCCUGUCCGGCUGUGGUCACCUGUCUGUUUCUGCUGCCCGCCGGGAAAGAGUCUCUUCCGCAGGUGUUUGCAGGCAUGUCUGACGGUCUGAUGGCCGUUUACUCUUUAGUGGACGACAUGCCGGAGGAGAACGAGAGGUACGUCUGCUCGCAUUCUAUCAACAAACACCUGCUGAACAUGGCGGAUUCGGACCCCCGGCAGCGGCCUUACGCAAUUCGCUGUAUCGUCGCGGUGCGCAGCGGAUCUGAAAUCUGGUACUCCAACGGGCCAGGAGUAAUCAUCAUCGACAGCUUCACACUUCAACCCAUUCACCGGCUGGACCCGUACCUCCCACCGGCCUGCCUGGUGUCCAUGGCUUCAUCUCUGAGCUGCUGGAAUGAAGAGGCUGUGUGGUGUUUAGAUAAUCACACUAACACCCUGCUAAUGUAUCACGCCGCUAGCUAUCAAGUGUGCGCCAGCUACAAUUGCAGUGAUGCUAAUCCACUUCGUGAUGUUUUCCCAGUGCAGAGGCCAAGCGGGAUUGUGUCGCCUGAUGAAUCUGAUAUUGAAGCUUCUCGAAAACAGAGUUUAGAUUCAGUGAAGGUAACAGUGACGCACAGCGAGGACGCGGGAACGCAGAUUUUAUGCCAGCAGGACUCUUUGGAUUAUUGCUCCGUGUCUUCGGGAUUCAGUUCAGAGAUGUUGGAUCAGAUCGCGGAUUUGGAGCAGGCCGGAUCAGCGAAUGCUAAUAUGGAGCGCUCGAACUCUGCAGGCCUGAGCUCUCUGACCAGCUCCAGCAGUCUGCCUUUAUCGGCAGAUUUUGAGGAGGUUGAGGAUGGGAAGGUUUCUCCUGAUGUUCUGUUGUCUAGGAGUGGGACAGAUCCAGAGCUGGAGGAUCACAGCUACACGCCGCUGCAUCUCAAGGCCCUCAAUGUCAUUCCUGUCAACAGCACCAUCUGGGUGCCCAGGCGUGGAGGAGACAUCAUGGUUCUGGAGGUUCAGGAUCAGGCUGGUUCUCUCCGGGGUCGAGUGAUCGGUGUGCUGACAGUGCCUGGAGUGCAGGAGUUUGGGACUCUGGCGGAGGCGGCGCUCGUGGCUAAAGACACCGUUGUGUGCGGCUUCCGCAAGGAAAACAUGGCCUGGUGCCUGGCAGUCUGGAGGAGCUGGGGAGCCCGAGAGCUGGAGCUCUUCUACAGGGGGUAUGAGGAGCUGGGACGCCUGGAGAGCAGCCUGAGGAAGAGGAGGUAGAGGAGGAGGAAGAAUGAUGGACAAUAAUAACACUGUAACAAACACACACACACACACACACAUGCGCAUACAUACUGUACCGUAAACUCGCAUACUUAUGAACACAUACACACAGAUACAUUACACACAAAUACACAUGCAUGCAUGCAUAUGUAAACAUACACACAGACAUGCGCAAACACACACAUUCAGACAUAUGAACACACACGCACAUACAGAAUAAUAUAAAAAACACAAUGGUAUACAAUACACACACACAAUACGCACACAUACUGAUACACAAUACACACACGCAUACAAAGUCAUACAUACACAAUUCACAGACCUACACAAAUAGUAACAUAACCAAACACACACAAUAUGCUCACACUCACAACCCUCCACAGACACACAUACCGUAGCAACACACUCGUAUAUCUAUACAUGCAGAAAUCGCACAUACACACAGAGACAUGCUCAAACAUGCAAUACACACACACACACACACACACACACACACACACACACACACACACAUAUACAUAUA